CAGAGCAGGGGAGGGAGAGCGAGCAGGCUGUGAGAGCGAGGAGAGGAGGAGAGGGGGAGCGAGCGCUCCAGCUAGCAUGAGGACGGGCUUCUCUUUCCGUGCUCAGUUAAUCUGGCUGUCAGUUGGUGUUAACGCUGCAGUUUAAGUGCUCGGAUUCCAAGGGAAACAGACAAACCUCACAGAAGGAAGCAAGCAAGCGAGGAAGGAAGGAACCGCGGGAGCAAAAGAACAGGCAGAGCAGCGAGAGGAAUAAAGGGAAGGGGGGGAGACACCAAAUCUAUGAUUGGACCUGGGCUUCUUUUUCGCCAAUGCAAAAAGGAAUAUGCAGCACAUCUUUGCCUUCUUCUGCACCGGUUUCCUAGGCGCGGUAGUAGGUGCCAAUUUCCCCAACAAUAUCCAGAUCGGGGGAUUAUUUCCAAACCAGCAGUCACAGGAACAUGCCGCUUUUAGAUUUGCUUUGUCGCAACUCACAGAGCCCCCAAAACUGCUCCCCCAGAUUGAUAUUGUGAACAUCAGCGACAGCUUUGAGAUGACCUAUAGAUUCUGUUCCCAGUUCUCCAAAGGAGUCUACGCCAUCUUUGGGUUCUAUGAACGAAGGACUGUCAAUAUGUUAACCUCCUUUUGCGGGGCCCUCCACGUGUGCUUCAUUACGCCGAGCUUUCCUGUGGACACAUCCAAUCAGUUUGUCCUCCAGCUGCGCCCUGAACUGCAGGAUGCCCUCAUCAGCAUCAUUGACCAUUACAAGUGGCAGAAAUUUGUCUACAUUUAUGAUGCCGACCGGGGUUUAUCCGUCCUGCAGAAAGUCCUGGACACGGCCGCAGAGAAGAACUGGCAGGUGACAGCAGUCAACAUUUUGACAACCACAGAGGAAGGAUACCGGAUGCUCUUUCAGGAUCUAGAGAAGAAAAAGGAGCGUCUGGUGGUGGUGGACUGUGAAUCCGAGCGCCUCAAUGCCAUCCUGGGCCAGAUAAUAAAGCUAGAGAAGAACGGCAUUGGCUACCACUACAUCCUGGCAAAUCUGGGCUUCAUGGACAUUGACUUAAAUAAAUUCAAGGAGAGCGGAGCAAACGUGACAGGUUUCCAGUUGGUGAACUACACGGACACUGUCCCGGCCAAGAUCAUGCAGCAGUGGAAGAGCAGUGAUGCUCGGGACCACACCCGGGUGGACUGGAAGAGGCCUAAGUACACCUCUGCUCUCACCUAUGAUGGGGUGAAGGUGAUGGCUGAGGCUUUCCAGAGCCUGCGGAGGCAGAGGAUUGACAUAUCCCGCCGGGGGAAUGCUGGUGACUGUUUGGCCAACCCAGCCGUGCCCUGGGGGCAGGGGAUUGACAUUCAGAGAGCCCUACAGCAGGUGCGGUUUGAAGGUUUGACAGGCAACGUGCAGUUCAAUGAGAAAGGACGCAGGACCAACUACACUCUCCACGUGAUUGAAAUGAAACAUGACGGCAUCCGAAAAAUUGGUUACUGGAAUGAAGAUGACAAGUUUGUCCCUGCAGCCACCGAUGCUCAAGCUGGGGGAGAUAACUCCAGCGUUCAGAACAGAACAUACAUCGUCACUACAAUCCUAGAAGAUCCUUAUGUGAUGCUCAAGAAGAACGCCAACCAGUUUGAGGGCAAUGACCGCUACGAGGGCUACUGUGUAGAGCUGGCAGCGGAGAUUGCCAAGCAUGUGGGCUACUCCUACCGUCUGGAGAUCGUGAGCGAUGGGAAAUAUGGAGCACGGGAUCCUGACACCAAGGCCUGGAACGGCAUGGUGGGAGAGCUGGUCUAUGGGAGAGCUGAUGUGGCUGUGGCCCCCUUAACGAUCACCUUGGUUCGGGAAGAGGUUAUUGACUUCUCCAAGCCAUUUAUGAGUCUGGGCAUCUCCAUCAUGAUUAAAAAGCCACAGAAGUCCAAGCCAGGAGUCUUCUCUUUCCUCGACCCCUUGGCGUACGAGAUUUGGAUGUGCAUCGUCUUUGCCUACAUCGGAGUGAGUGUGGUCCUCUUCCUGGUCAGUCGCUUCAGCCCCUAUGAAUGGCACAGUGAAGAGUUUGAGGAGGGACGAGACCAGACGACCAGCGACCAGGCGAAUGAGUUUGGGAUAUUCAACAGCUUGUGGUUUUCGCUGGGAGCUUUCAUGCAGCAAGGAUGUGACAUUUCUCCCAGGUCCCUGUCCGGCCGCAUCGUUGGUGGUGUCUGGUGGUUCUUCACCUUGAUCAUCAUCUCUUCGUAUACAGCCAACCUGGCUGCCUUCCUGACUGUGGAGAGGAUGGUGUCUCCCAUUGAGAGUGCAGAGGAUCUAGCAAAGCAAACAGAGAUUGCUUACGGGACACUGGAAGCAGGAUCAACUAAGGAAUUCUUCAGGAGGUCUAAAAUUGCUGUGUUCGAGAAGAUGUGGACAUACAUGAAAUCAGCAGAACCAUCCGUUUUUGUGCGGACCACGGAGGAAGGGAUGAUCCGAGUGAGGAAGUCCAAGGGCAAAUACGCCUACCUCCUGGAGUCCACCAUGAAUGAGUACAUUGAGCAGCGGAAACCCUGUGACACCAUGAAAGUGGGAGGUAACUUGGAUUCCAAAGGCUAUGGCAUUGCGACACCCAAGGGGUCCGCCCUGAGAGGUCCCGUAAACCUAGCGGUUUUGAAACUCAGUGAGCAAGGCGUCUUAGACAAGCUGAAAAGCAAAUGGUGGUACGAUAAAGGGGAAUGUGGAAGCAAGGACUCCGGAAGUAAGGACAAGACAAGUGCACUGAGCCUCAGCAAUGUGGCGGGCGUGUUCUACAUCCUGAUCGGAGGACUUGGACUAGCCAUGCUGGUUGCCUUAAUCGAGUUCUGCUACAAAUCCCGUAGUGAAUCCAAGCGGAUGAAGGGUUUCUGUUUGAUCCCACAGCAAUCCAUCAACGAAGCCAUACGGACAUCGACCCUCCCCCGAAACAGUGGGGCAGGAGCCAGCGGCAGUGGCAGCGGAGAGAAUGGCCGGGUGGUCAGCCACGACUUCCCCAAGUCCAUGCAAUCCAUUCCCUGCAUGAGCCACAGUUCAGGGAUGCCCUUGGGAGCCACAGGAUUAUAACGGGAGCAGACGAAAACCCCUUGGGGAGCAGGCUCAGGCUCCCCUGGCCCCAUCCCAAACCCUUCAGUGCCAAAAAAAAUGACAACAAAAUGAAACACCACCGCCAACCAACCACCGCAACCAUGAGGAGGACGAUUCGACCGAUUUUCCUGAAGAAUUCACAACCCAUUUUGCUGACCCUUUUCCUUUUUUGAUCUUCUUUGAGUCCUUUAUGUUUGCUCAGUGAGGAUGAUAAAUAACACUGUACUGCAAUAAGGGACAAGUAAACCUGUCUAACGAAGCCUAUGUCUCGGAAAAUGGAAUUACUGGAAUACUAAUGAAGAAACCAGACUGUUUUUCUUUUAAUUCUGUUGUUAAUGUGUCUUAGUGUGUGCAAUUUUUUUUCUUAUUAAUUAAUCCAUGGUCUGCAGGUUCUGUUAGGCCCCUUCCUUCUUCUUUCUUCUCAUUCCCAAUUCCCUUCUUCUCCCUCUUCAGUUUCCAGAUUGGAGAUUCAAGAUUUGUUCCACCUUACAAGCAAGAAAAGGAAUAAAGCAAACUUCAAACGAAUUCCCCAUGGGGGCUCUCCACAGUACCCUCCACUCCUUGGCCCCGAGCCUUGGAUGAAGACUGACCUUGGAGAAAUGGGCUGCCUUCCCCAGAGACCUAAGCACUGAUCCAGUCAAGAUCACAUGUGAAAAGCAAUUCAGAAAGAGGGUGGUGGAGAGGGCAAGGGCAGAUGUGCAGAUGGAGGAGGACUCGUAAAAUGACUGCUGCUCAGGAAAAGGUUUCUUUAAUGUGCUAGAGUCACUCGGAAGGCCAUAGAUAGUAAUGGUAUCUUUCUUCAGAGAGUCAACUUCAGCCCUGAGUUGUUGUUCUGCCAUGCUCAGGCUCAAAAGCUAAUGGGAACUCGACUUCCUGAACCAAGUCAAGCCUUGGAAAGAGCUGACAGCCAGGGAGAUAUCACCCAUGAUUCUCACUUUUCCUUUGCUUGACAUCUCAGCAGGAACCCCCUUGUGGAGUAGACUCUCUUUCUCUGCGGAGCCUCUGAUGGGAGGGUUGAUGCUAUGCAACUCAGUGCAAAAGACAGGUGGUGGAAGAGUUUGGGAAGAGGAAGCCUCUUCAAAGCCCACAUGCAAUGGAGCUUUCCAUAGAGUGUCCUGUUCUUGGUUUGGGAGAUCAACUAUGAAGUUUAGGGCCAUGCUGAUGCAGAGAUUUUUUUUUAAAGUUAAUAGAAUUGUUUUAGCAUCUGGCCAAAUAAUGUUCUGUCAUCUUUAGAAAGAAAGAUGCCCAGGGCUGAAUUAUUUUAAAGGGAAUAGGGAGAUGGUUUAAGUUGAUAAUAAUAUCAGGGGACCUUAAGAUCCCAGAGACCAAUUUCUAACCCCAAAAGGCUGAUCUUCCUCCUAGCUAAAAACAGAAGGAAGACAUUCUAUUCCAAUGACCAGAAUCAAUACACCCAUGAUUGCAACUACAAAUCUGGAGCGAAGCAACACUGGAGAAGUGACAAGUUUCUUGGAGAGAAGCCCAAGCUGCCUAAAAUUUUGGUUGCAAGUGGGAGUCACUGGCACAUAGCUUUCUUGGAGACCCCAAAUAUCAGUCUUGGAGCAAUUGGCUUCCAGCUCUCCAGCAGCCACACUCCUGGGUGCAUGAUUCAGUGUGUGUCAUUUCUGGCUUAUUCCCUUGUCCCCUACUUCCAUCCAAUCUUCUCUGAUAGGGGUUACAUUAAUAAUUGACAAGCCUAAAGAUUUUGGAACCUACCAAUGGGGUGUGAUGGGCUUCAUCUGUAUGUUCUCUCAAUGGACACCCACCAUCUCUAUGUCUCUCCUAUUCUUCUUUCAUCAGCCAUAGCAAAUAACUAUUCCAAAACCAAUGCUUCACCCCUUCAACUCCAGUGUUAUUCAGUUUCUCACUUGUUAAUGUGGGCAUGGUACAUGAAGCAGCACACUCAAGGUGGCUUAUCACUUCUCAUUACUGCCAGCUACGGUCCCCCAGAGCCCCUCCCCCACACAGACUUUCUCAGCCCUUAGCCUACCACUGUAGAACCUGAUGUGACCCACCAUUAGGGAGUCUGCAUUUUGGAAGAAUUGGAAAUAGCCCUCUACCAUCAACAUGCUUCAAAGACUUUUUGCCUUUGGCCUGGCAAGAUACUCUCCAGCCAUUGAGCCUACCAGUUAUGUGAUCUAAUAGGAAGAGACUGUCUGUGCUAAAAAUAAGAGGCUAUGCCAUGUGUGGGGGGGUGGGGGGGUCCAAGAUCCAGCAGAAGAUGCUUUUCAUCAAUGGAUGGGUGAUGGGAAAACAAGCAAGGAAAAAAGUUAACUUGUAUUAUGUAUUUUUACUAUACUUUUCUUAAAAAUAGAGCAACGGGAAAACUCUGAAAGAGACUGACAUUUUUCUCAACAGGAAUCCAUACUUAACAGUUCUGGCUUUCAUUAAAUUUUGCUCUUUGGUACUUGGGCCUUUUAUUUAACAUCUAUAUUUGUUUUAACUCUCUUGGCAGAUGUGUGAAAGGAUUCUUGCUUGAUCAAACACUAAACAUUUUUUGGUUCCUAUUUUUCUUUCAGAUAGCCAAGUAUUUUUUCUUUCUUUUGGUAUUUGCAUAAAAUGAAAAUAUCACCGAGAAUUAAAUCACUGUGGAUCCAUUAUCUACUUUC